CUAUUUUGUACUACUACUACUACUACCUCAACUCAAUAAUUGUUCCAAUGCUAAUCCAGGUCCAUUCUCUCGCUCGCUUCUAUAAUCAGGAACAUAUAUCUGUACCAAAACUCACAUCCUCUUAAUUGUCUAUAUAGAGUAUAGAAACGUUUUCUUAGUAAGAAAAAAGUAUAAAAAAUGAUUGAUAGCAUCACAGUGAUUUUUUGUUUGUUCUUUUUAUGUUCCUACUUGAGAACAAGCACUUCACUUGACAGUUUAUCAUUGAAUCAAUUCAUCAAAGAUGGCGAGACAUUAGUUUCAGCUAAUGGAACUUUUGAAAUGGGUUUCUUUAGUCCUGGAAAUUCAAAAGGUCGUUACUUGGGUAUGUGGUAUAAGAAGUUAACCCCUUUAACUGUUCUAUGGGUGGCUAAUAGGGAAACACCAGUACAUAAUAACUCAGGAGUCUUAAAACUCAAUGAAAACGGUGAUCUUGUCGUUCUCAAUGGAGAAAACACCAUGGUUUGGUCCUCCAACAUAUCAUCAAAUAGAGUCGUAGUUAAUAAUUCAAUAACUGCAAAGUUCUUGGAAACGGGGAAUCUUGUGUUGAAAACUGGGAAGGGGGAUAUUGUGUGGCAGAGUUUUGAUUAUCCAACUGAUACAUUAUUGCCGGGAAUGAAGGUUGGAUGGAACUUCAUAACUGGUCUAAACAAGAAGCAAACAUCGUGGAAAAGUAUCGAUGAUCCAGCAAAGGGAGAAUAUUCCAGUGCUAUUGACCCGAGAGGAUAUCCUCAAGCAGUUAUUUUGAAGGGAUCUGUCAUAAGAUUGAGAAUAGGAUCGUGGAACGGACGUGCUUUUACUGGAUAUCCAACACAGCCAUUGAAAGAAAAGCAAAGGUUUGAAUUUGUCAUAACUGACAAAGAAGUGUAUCAUAGUUUUGAAGUUGUUGAUAGCUCUAUUAUUUGCACAUAUAAAUUAUCCCUCCUAGGAAAUUUGCAGGCUUUAUGUUGGACAAGUCAAUCAAGUUCUAGGAUAAUUAUCUACACCGGUGCAGAAGAUUCGUGUGAUAAUUAUGCUAUGUGUGGUGCUAAUUCUAUAUGUAAUAUGGAUGGUAAUGUUCCUAAAUGUGAAUGUUUGAAAGGUUAUGUUCCUAAAUUUCCUGAACAAUGGAAUAUAUCGUAUUGGUCUAGCGGUUGUAUUGCAAAAAUUAUAUCGGUUUGUGGAAACAAAAACACAAGUGGAUUCUUCAAGUAUAGAGAAAUGAAAUUGCCAGACACAUCUUCAUCGUGGUAUAAUAAGACUAUGAAUCUUGUGGAAUGUCAGAAGACAUGUAUGAAAAAUUGUUCGUGUGCAGCUUACGCAAAUCUGGACAUCCGAAAUGGAGGAAGUGGUUGUCUUCUUUGGUUUGGUGAUCUGGUUGACAUGAGAGUAUUCACCAAAUGGGGACAAGACCUCUAUAUAAGAGUCCCUUCUUCAGAACUAGCUGACUACCUUAGUGUCGAUGCACUUCGAAGCAAGAAAAAGCAGCUGAUGCGGAUCAUACUUGGCCUGAUUACUGUUGGAUUUUUCACAUGUGCCUGCAUAAUGUUAUUUAUAAGGAGAGCAGCACAGAAAGGAUACAGUCUUGCAGCAUUUCGAAAGCGGAAACUAUAUUGUAAAUUGACAAAGGAAGACAUGGAUCUUCCAAUAUUUGAUUUUUCAGUUCUUGUUAAAGCCACUAAUAACUUUUCAUGCGUAAAUAAACUCGGGGAAGGUGGAUUUGGACCAGUGUAUAAGGGUACGCUCGUAGAAGGGAAGGAGGUAGCCAUAAAACGGCACUCAAAAGUGUCAGAUCAAGGAUUGGAAGAGUUUAAAAAUGAAAUUGUGUUGAUUGCAAAACUUCAACACCGUAAUCUUGUGAAGCUUCUUGGUUGCUCUAAUCAUAAAGAGGAAAUGCUGUUGAUAUAUGAAUACAUGCCCAACAAGAGCUUAGACUACUUUAUUUUUGAUGAAACCCGAAGCAAGCUCUUGGCCUGGACUCACCGUUCCAACAUUAUUGUUGGCAUUGCUAAAGGACUUCUUUAUCUUCACCAAGACUCUAGACUCAGAAUUAUUCAUAGAGAUUUGAAAACCAGCAAUAUCCUGUUAGAUGCCCAUAUGAAUCCAAAAAUAGCAGAUUUUGGCUUGGCUCGGAUAUUCGGCGGAGAUCAAAUUGAAGCCAAAACAAGAAAAAUGGUUGGGACAUAUGGUUACAUGCCUCCAGAGUAUGCUGUACAUGGUCGUUACUCUAUGAAAUCAGAUGUGUUUAGUUUUGGCGUAAUAGUAUUGGAGAUAAUCAGUGGGAAUAAGAUCAAGGGGUUUUAUGACCCAACACACUCUCUCAACCUUCUUGGAUAUGCUUGGAGACUCUGGAUUGAAAACAUGCCGUUGGAACUACUGGAUACACAUUUACUCGAUAUGUGCAUUUCUUCUGAAGUCAUCCGAUGCAUACAUGUGGGGUUAUUAUGCGUACAACAAAAACCCGAAGAUAGGCCAUGCAUGUCCUCUGUCAUUCUUAUGUUGAAUGGUGAGAAAUUAUUGCCUCAACCGAAGGCUCCUGGAUUUUAUACCGGCAAGGGUUCAAAUGAAACCGCGUCCUCAUCCUCAAAUCAUAUGUCACUUACAAUUUUUGAGGCAAGAUCAAACCAUUUUCUAUACCAUAACCUCACAAUCCUACAUAAAAGGUACUGCAGUUGCUCCUACAAAACAAACAAUUUUUAUUUUAUUUUUGAUAGCAUUAUAAUGUUAGUGCUUUUGUUUAUUUUAUUCUUGUAUAUAAGAAUAAGCUUUUCGUUAGAGAGUUUAGCUGUGAAUCAGACUAUCCGAGAUGGUCAGACUUUAGUUUCGCCGAAUGGAACUUUUGAACUCGGUUUUUUUAAUCCUCCUGGAAAUUCAAGAGGAAGAUAUUUAGGUAUGUGGUAUAGGAAUUUAUUACCUUUGACAGUCGUUUGGGUUGCCAACAGAGAAAAACCUGUGCAGAAUAAUUCUGGAAUCUUGAAACUCGAUGAAAAUGGAGUUAUUGUGGUUCUUAACGGUGCAAACGGAAGUGUUUGGUCAUCUAAUAUGUCGAACAAGGUGGUGAAUAAUUCGAUAACUGCACAGUUAUUGGACACGGGAAAUUUUGUGUUGAGAAUUGGGAAGGAUAAUGUUUUGUGGCAGAGUUUUGAUUAUCCGUGUGAUACGUUAUUGCCAGGAAUGAAGCUUGGAUGGAACUUAGUAACCGGUCUUAAUCGGUUUGUGACAUCUUGGAAAACUGCAGAUGAUCCGGCAAUGGGAGAGUAUUCUGUGAAAAUUGACAAAAGAGGAUUUCCUCAGCUAGUUAUUAGGAAGGGAUCUGUAAAUAAAUUUAGAAUUGGCUCAUGGAAUGGACUUGGUUUUACGGGAUAUCCAAUUCAACAAUUGAAGCAGAAACAAAGAUUUAAAUUUGUCUUCAAUGAAAAAGAAAUUUAUCAUCAAUAUGAAGGAAUUGAUCGCUCUGUUGUCUCCUUUUAUUUGGUGACCACUUCAGGUAAUUUGCAGGUUUUAGCGUGGACAAGUAAAGAAAGCAGUAGAAUAGCUAUCUACACUGGGGGAGAGGAUUCAUGUGAUAAUUACGCUAUGUGUGGUGCUAAUUCUAUAUGCAAUAUGGACGGCAACAUUCCCAAAUGUGAAUGCUUGAAAGGUUUUGUUCCUAAGUUUCCUGAACAAUGGAAUAUGUCGUAUUGGUCUAGCGGUUGUGUUCAAAGGUUUAACUCUGUUUGUGGAGACGAUAAUUUAGGUGGCUUCUUAGCAUACAAAGAAAUGAAAUUACCAGACACAUCUUUGUCAUGGUAUAACAAAACCAUGAACCUUGUGGAAUGCCAGAAGUCAUGUCUAAAAAAUUGUUCGUGUACAGCUUAUUCAAAUUUGGAUAUCCGAAAUGGAGGAAGUGGCUGUGUGCUUUGGUUUGGUGAUCUGGUUGACAUGAGGAAAUUCUCACAAUGGGGACAAGAGUUUUAUAUCAGAGUCCCUUCUUCGGUACUAGAUGAAUUCGAACCUGCUGCAGUUAAUGGCCACCAAAACAAGAAGAAGAUUGGAAUCAUAGUGGGCGCGAUUUCUUUUGGAUUAGUUAUAUGUGUCUGCUUAGUAAUACUGAGAAAGCGAGUUGCAGCAAGAGUAUACAAUAUUGUACCAUUUCAAUGGCAGCAAGAAUAUUUUAAAGUGAUAAAGGAAGACAUGGAUCUGCCAAUAGUUGAUUUGUCAAUUAUUGUUAAAGCCACUGAUAAUUUUUCUAGUGGAAACAAACUUGGGGAAGGUGGAUUUGGACCAGUAUACAAGGGUACCCUCACAGAUGGAAAAGAGGUUGCCAUCAAACGAAACUCGAAGAUGUCUGAUCAAGGAUUGGAUGAGUUUAAAAAUGAAGUUUUCAUGAUUGCAAAACUUCAGCAUCGUAAUCUUGUGAAGCUUCUUGGUUGCUGUAUUGAAGGAGAGGAAAAAACAUUGAUCUAUGAAUACAUGCCCAACAGGAGCUUGGACUACUUCAUUUUUGAUGAAACAAGAAGCAAGGUUUUGGGAUGGUCUCAACGUUCCUACAUUAUUGCUGGCAUUGCUAGAGGUCUUCUCUACCUUCAUCAUGAUUCUAGACUGAGAAUUAUUCACAGAGAUUUGAAAACUAGCAAUAUCCUACUCGAUGCCCAUAUGAAUCCAAAAAUCUCAGAUUUUGGUCUAGCUCGAAUAUUUGGGGUUGAUCAAAUUGAAGCCAAAACUAAGAGAAUGGUUGGAACCUAUGGCUACAUGCCUCCAGAGUAUGCCGUGCAUGGCCAUUACUCCAUAAAAUCAGAUGUCUUUAGUUUUGGUGUAUUGGUACUAGAGAUAAUUAGCGGUAAAAAGAAUAAGGGAUUUUCAGAUCCGGAACACUCCCUUAACCUUCUUGGACACGCAUGGAGACUCUGGACUGAAAACAGACCAUUGGAAUUGCUAGAUAGACACUUACUUGAAACAUGUAAUUCUUCUGAAGUCUUUAGAUGCAUACAUGUGGGUUUGUUGUGUGUGCAACAAAAACCAGCGGAUAGGCCAGACAUGUCUUCUGUCAUUCUUAUGCUGAAUGGUGAGAAACUAUUGCCUCAGCCGAAGAUGCCUGGAUUUUACACCGGAAGAGGUUUACCUGAAGCAAUUUCCUCGAAUCAGAUGUCAGUAACUACAUUUGUGGCAAGAUAGAAUGCCAAAAAUCAAAUCAAUGAAUUUGUUUACUUGAUCGGGUAAGGAAUUGAUAUAGCUACCAUAUUGUAAAAUGUUAUGAAAUUUGAAGGGACCUGUAAAUACCAUCUUCUCAGUUUUUAAGCUGAUCUAUUACUUACUUGAUCAUGUAUAAUAAGGACCAAAGUCAUGUGUAUGUGAUACAUUAUUACAAUUUACAAAUUUUAUUACAGUAGUGCCCUGUAAGAUAUGUCUUUUGAUCAUGUGAUCCCAAUCUGAUGCCUCUUUGCCCCAAAUGUGAAUGUUUUUUUUUAUAGAUUAUUGAUAUCAAAAGUUAUAUACUGGCAA